AUGCUCAGAGCCAAUAUCGCCAAAUUCCCACUCAGGGGUAGCGGUGCCCGCCCCCUGACCCGCCAACCGCGCAUCACCAAUGUGAGGACGGCCAUGUACAAGAAUGACGGGCCGGACGGCACCACCUCGACUUUAGUAGCUGGCCCAAAAACCUACGCUAUGGUCGGAGGCUUAAUCAUGACCGUCAUGGGCACAUACGGCUACAUGAUGAGCCAUCCACAAGACACUCAAAGAGUCGAAGGGAGCCCAGUGUCUACUACCGAGGCAGGGGCGGCGCCGACUAAGAAGUAAACUUGGUUUAUGGCGUGGGGCUGAGGGAACUGAGGGAUGGUGAGAAUAACUGGAGUCAAAGAGAAUGCACCCGGCAAGUGGUUUAAGAUUAUGGGGCUUCUGAAUUGAGAGAAGCGUACCUUCGAGAUUGAGGGGUAUCAGGGAAACGGAGGAAUCCCAAGGGUUUGGGCGCUGCAACAGUUGCGCUCCGUGGCUGUCAUCAUGUGGCAAAUCACAAUGCCGAUGCCACAACUGACUACCUUAAAGACUGUUUCAAUUCUUGUUCUCUUGGCAAACUGGAAGGAGUGGCUUUCAACGCUGCAAUGUGCUCUCGAGAUCUGGAGAGUAAAUAUUGUACCAAGUCCAGUGGCUCAUGCUCCACUCAAC